CAAAGAGGAUGAUUGUACUGACGGUGUUGAUGGUGAUGUUAAUGGGUGCUUACGCUUCACCGGUAAGACGAAUGAUGAUGGCAGAUAUCAAAGAGCAGCAGAGACGGAAUCUGCUUGCUAAUGGGCUUGGAGUGACUCCUCCCAUGGGGUGGAAUAGUUGGAAUCACUUCAACUGCAAGAUUGAUGAGAACAUCAUCAAAGCAACCGCUGAUGCUCUGAUUUCUACUGGUCUAUCUAAACUUGGAUACACCUAUGUUAACAUUGAUGAUUGUUGGGCUGAAGCAGCUCGUGAUGACAAGGGAAAUCUAGUGCCCAAGAAUUCCACAUUUCCAUCUGGCAUUAAAGCUCUUGCGGAUUAUGUGCACAGCAAGGGACUAAAGCUAGGAAUCUACUCAGAUGCAGGGUAUUUUACUUGCAGCAAAACCAUGCCUGGUUCACUUGGUCACGAGAAGCAAGAUGCCAAAAUUUUUGCUGAUUGGGGUAUUGAUUAUUUGAAGUAUGACAACUGUAAUACUGAUAACUCCAAACCAACUGUUAGAUAUCCUGUCAUGACCCGGGAACUGAUGAAAGCAGACCGUCCCAUAUUCUUUUCUCUGUGUGAAUGGGGAGAUUUGCAUCCUGCUUUAUGGGGUGCUAAAGUUGGAAACAGCUGGAGAACUACUAAUGACAUUUCUGAUACAUGGGAAAGUAUGAUCUCCAGAGCAGACAUGAAUGAAGUUUAUGCUGAAUUUGCUCGACCUGGUGGUUGGAAUGAUCCCGACAUGCUUGAGGUGGGAAAUGGAGGAAUGACAAAGGAUGAAUAUGUAGUCCAUUUUAGCAUAUGGGCCAUAUCUAAGGCUCCCCUUCUUAUCGGUUGUGAUGUGAGGAAUAUGACAAAAGAGACUAUGGAGAUCAUUGCAAAUGAAGAGGUUAUCUCUGUCAACCAAGAUCCACUUGGUGUCCAAGCUAAAAAGGUUAGAAUGGAAGGAGACCUUGAGGUUUGGGCUGGCCCCCUUUCAGGCUACAGAGUUGCCUUACUCCUUGUCAACCGAGGGUCGUGGCGCACAUCCAUUACAGGCUACUGGGAUGACAUUGGUAUCCCCCCAAACAGUGUUGUUGAAGCAAGAGAUCUUUGGGAGCACAAGACACUGAAGAAAAGAUUUGUUGGAAACUUGACGGCCACUAUGGACUCCCAUGCAUGCAAAAUGUAUGUGCUGAAGCCAAUCUCCUAGCUAUGCACGACAUGAGUGGUACUUUUUCGCAAUAGGCAUGUCACUGAAACUUGACUUGCAACACAGUGUGGAUUGCGUCUGGAUGGGCCGAUCAAUCUAUCUUUGUAUUUUGAGUCACUUUAAUUUAUUUAAAAUAUUAUGUCGAUAUGAUACAACUCAAGCCAAACAAAUGUCAUUACAUAUCAUCCUUAUGUUGAUCAUGGGUAAAUGAAAAUUUU